AUGAUAGAAACGAAUUCGGAAACCACAAUCUCUUCGAAGGAUAUAGAUUUGCGUAUAAAUUUGACCAACCCUGCUGAUAAUGAAAAGGGAUCACUUCACGCUUACCAGAAGAGAUAUCUGUCAUCCAACAAAGAUGUCGACUACCGAACUUACUUGCCACGAGUUCAAAUGGAUUCUAUACGGAAAGAAUACUGUCUUACUGGAAAUCCAUCAUUUAUUAAAACUUCGUGUGUUACCGCAUAUGAAUGUAAUCAGCCUUUCGUAGACAGAAAAUGGUAUUCUUCACAACAUAGUGAGCAGUCCUUAAAUCUGAAAACUAAUAGUUCUGCGCGAUCUAGUCCUAAAAAUUCGCUACCUGAAAGGAAGUGGCAAGAUGAACAGUCCGAUUCGUUCAAUCUACCAACAAUUAAUGUCCCCCGUUUAAAUUCUACUGCUCUUCUGCCUACCCCUUUCACAAAGCCAUUCAAGGCGUCUGAUAAUCCGUCUCAUUGUUAUCAUCAACAGAAUUCGACUUGA